AUGUUGACCAAGCUUCCAUCGGAACUGCUAGAUAUGGUGAUUGACCAAAUCUCCAGCCGCGGGGACCUAAAGCGACUAUGCGAAGUCUGUGGGCAUCUCUAUGGAAGGACGAUGCCAUACCUCUAUCGCCGGUCUCUGACCUUGUCCGCACCAAACCUCUCAUUGGAUGACUUGGCUGUCGCUUUUGAGGGCAUAUCACGCGAAUAUUCACGGUACACGAAAGACCUCGGCUUCAAUAUUCCAGCCCAUCUCAUUGCUCCAGGGUAUAGGGAAGGCUUUCCUCGUUGUGUCCAUAAAAGCAGUGACGGUGUUGCAGACCCUUUUUCAAUAUUGAAUCUUGCGUUGAGUUCUCCGAGUCUGAGAUUCCCUGCUGAUCAGUUGGAAACUUUCCGAUGGGAAGUACCAACAUGUAUCCCAAGCAAUCUCUUUUGCGGCAACGACGCGUUCCUUAGAAACCAAAGAAAUAUUCGAUCCAUCACCUUGAUCACGGAUAGCAUAUGCCCUGCAAAUGUAAUGACACAGAACGCCGUGGAUCUGGUUCAGUUCAAGAAAUUACAGUCGCUGAACUGGAAAGGGCUGAAUCCAUUUGGCAACUACAAGGCUCUCAGUGCAUGUAUCAAAGCCCACGGCCAUCAAAUCAGAUCACUUACGCUUGACAUUUUGAGUGAUAUUCAUGAAGAUCAUAAAUGGCUCCGUUCAUACCUCGUCCACGAAGAGGGCCUCACCCUGCCUGCCGUGUAUCCCCCCUAA